GAGUUCUGAUCGGGAUCAAGGAAAAAGGGAGGCCAAAAGACAGUGACAUCGAUCGAUCUACGUCAUCUUUUUUUCACGAGCAACGAACCCAUCAGCCAGCACUCUCAUCCUUUUCUUGUCGCCAUCAUCGAGGAUCGACCCAGCCAGCUAGUCAGUCUCAGACCCAGUUCGGAAUCACUUCAGCAGGACUCUGGAUAAUUUAUCAGGACCAGUAUAAGAACAGCGAUCAUCCUUUUUCGCCAUGGCUUCCACCAGCCCUAACAUCGAUCCUAAUCAAACGAUCUAUGUCCGCAACCUGAACGAAAAGAUCAAGAAGAACGAGCUGAAGCGUAGCCUGUACGGCCUAUUCUCGGCAUACGGAAAGGUCAUCUCAGUCGUUGCUUCCAAGACGACACGGGAUCGUGGCCAGGCUUUUGUCGCCUUUUCAGAUAUCGUAUCUGCGACAGCAGCAUUGCGUGGAUUGCAGGGAUUCAGUUUUUACGGCAAAUCGAUGGAAAUCCAAUACGCAAAGACGAAAUCACACGCAAUUGCCAAACUCGAUGGAACGUACAAGCAGCCUCCUAUGAAGAAACCGGGCGCAGAAUCAGCGGAUCAAACUAUUUCAGUGUCGAUAACCGGUGCGACAAAACGCGAGAGAGAAGCAGACUCGGACUCAGAUUCAGAUUCAGCAAUGUCGGAAUAGGUCCAAUAGGCUACAGGAAUAUGGCCGCCGGAAGAAAUGGAAGAGAGUCGAGGAGAUCGCGUCCUUCCACAUU